AUGCUCUCAAUCUUCAAGUCCAAUCGACCUGCGAGCGACAGUGACAGCUCUAGUUCCUCCUCUUCCGAAGAGCGCAUUAUACCUCCCGGCACUCCUUACCUCACCAAGAUCAACGGCAAGCUCGUUUGGGCGCGCAAGAAGACACCCAAGGUUGUGAAUCCUAUGAAAGAUCUACUGGGAGAGGCAUUUGGCAGUAGAACUGUCAUCGUCCGCAAACGCUCCAGGUCUCUCGAGCGACCUGUCACGAAGGUGCUCAUUGGCAACGUCCCGGUUGUGCAACAGCAUCAGGUCUCCUACUCGGCUCCUCUUCCACAACAACCAUUUCCGACUAUGUCGCCACCAAUGGCCUACUAUCCUAAACAGCCUCCUCCUUUUAUAUGGCAGCCGACGCCACAGCCUGUACCGCAGCCUCCGCAGCUCCCACAGCUCUAUAUUCCCCAUCAACCGCCUAUGCCAGCCCCGCUGUUCGUCCAGCAAAGCCCGACGGAGAAAGAGAAGGAACAGCUCAAGAUCUUUGAUGCGCAUUUCAAUAACAUGGUCAAGCCAAAGACGGCAAGGGUUACAUCAGCUUCGAGCGAAGAGUCCCAAGAUAAGUCGCAGAGUAAGCCACAGGAGCAGCCCCAGACAAAUGCUGAGGAAUCGACAACGAAGGUCAAGAUCGCGAUAACAAAGCAUGUAUGUGGCGAUUGUGGACGAUUGAGAUCUCGAAAGUAUCACCAUGAUCAUCCUCUCAAGCCAGGAGAGGUACCCGAGGUGGCAUUCUGCAGAAAGUGCCAAAAGGAUGCUAGUUCUACGAGCGAAUCUAGUGAAGCAGAAGAUACACACAAGAGUAAGAAGAAAGAGAAGUCCAAGAAGAAGGUAAAGAAGAACAAAGCUCCACCCAAGCCGGUCGAAAGCUCGGAUGAGGACGACGAAGACGAGUCUUCCGAUUCUCCAGCACCUAAACCACCCAAAACUCCCAAGCCUAAUCAGCCCAAACCUGGUCAUCCCAAGAAUCCAGCAGGGAAGAAGUCAGUAUCAGAAGACUACAUUGUCGUGGAAGAGGAAUUUUCGGACCACGAGAGACAGCCCAGAGGUAGAUCUCACAGUCGAGCUUCCAGAGAGAAUGAUGCCUCUAGACGCCCUCUUUCUCCCAUAAACAGCCAGCUUUCCGCGCCUCGAUCAAGAUCGCGAUCGUAUGUUAGACCCUCACCGCAGGAUUAUUCGAAGAAUAGACCAAAUCCAAUCGAGAUACAUGAGGCAUUCAGAGAAAAAGUCCGUCCACGGUCCCCGCAUAUCCAGUACAGAUACGUUGAGGUUGUCCCGAGCCAAGUUAGCUUCGAAAGGAACGAGCCGUCAUAUCCGAGAAAGGCUCCUAUCCAUUUAGUGGACGAUGUUGUCUACGAAAAGCCGGUGUCACCCAAAAAAGCCCAGUAUGUGUACAGAAGUCGUGAAGGCGCUCCUUCGAGCAAGGCAUAUAGCGUGGAGGAGCCAGAGAGUGUCGCCAGAAGCUAUCAUGCAAGAGUCGACGACCUUGAGGGCGAAGGUUCGGUUCGGGGUCCACCUUCUUCACUCCAUGACACUUUCGAGGUUCGUGAAGUAUCGAGUCGAGGGCCACCAAGUAGAGAAAACAGCUUUGAGGUUCCUGAUGCAGCGAGUUCCAUGCGUUCAAGCGAUGCACGACGACGUCGGAAACGAGAACGAGCUACCCCUGGGGCACCAGACUUUGGCCCAAGGGAGCAACCACACGUCAUUCAUCCUGAAAGCGAUGAUGAGCUUGUUGUUGUCAAGGAGACUUUCGAAUAUAGGAAAAAGAAGCAGGCUAGUGAGGACGAGCGCCGAAGACAAGAAUACAUCGAUCGAGCAACAUUGAGUCCCCGCAAGAGCUACCAAUUCUCUGCUGACGAGGCAGCUAGAUACUAUUACGAUGAUUGGUCGCGAGCUAAGCCAGGCUUUUCCCUGCCGUCACUUGUAGGAAAGCCAUAUCAACCAUACCAGCCCGCCAAGGCAAAGAAAGGAUAUCGUAGAGACAGACACCCAGAGUCAGAGGUGACUGAAUCGGAAGCCAGUUAUGACUAUGGCAUGUCAGAUCAGCAUUAUCCUCCACGAGUCCCAAGUCCUCCUUCUCCCAUCUACCAAUCCAAGGUCAACGACUGGUCAGGCUUGAAGCAUACUGACUGGGGAGAUGAGCCUCUAUAUCCCGUGAGUUCUGGAUCUGAGCAUGCUGGUCGAAGGGGCAAGGUAGUUCACAUGCCUCCCAUUGAAGCUCCUCGCUGUCGUCAAAACAAUUCCAGUGCUCGACCCACAUCUGCACGAGGUGCACCAGAUGGCGGAUCAGAGAGAGCUUUGAUAGUAUCGCCAAGACAUUCGGGGGAAAGAAGUCGUGAUUCUAUUUAUGAAUACACAGGAUCGGAUCUUACUGAGAGACAGCAUAGGGAUAGGUGGGACGAAUUUUCCGCUUCGAACAUAACAGAGUUGGAAAGACUGGCUGAGGUAGAGGCUAGGCAUGUCACUUUCAAAGACACUCCUUCUUUGCGAUCCUUGCAUGACAAUUGGGGCACGUCGGAAGGGAAUAGUCAGCGGUCGAGAAGCGAAUAUGAUACACGAAGCGGAGGAGGCGGAUGGGAAAAUGGUGGUGAGAAUCGGGGAGGGCCCGGAGGGCUUGGUGAUGUAACAGAUGGAUGA